CCCCACCCACACCCACACCCGCCACCUACACCCACCCUCAACCAGCUGGUUGGACAAGAUAUGGAUUGAAAAUUUUGGAAAGGUAUACUAAUGAUGAAUGGCUAGAUCCAUUUGGACAUCCUGGAAAGUGGUACAGAGCUUUUCAUGAAACGGGAAAUGCAAAAACUGUAGAUUUCAGUAAUUCUAAUGCUUCAUAUGAUGCUCAAUACGCCUCUGUUGAUGCUGCUUCUAAUAUUCAUAAAACUAGAUUUCGUGAAGCAAGAGUCACUUUUUAUGGACCAGGUGUUUACUGUUCUCCAAACCAACUUUUGUAGAGAAUGUUUAUGCCGGGGUAGCUAAACUAGAUACAAAAAUCGGUGAAAAAACUUUAAAAAUUAUGCUACAGGUGGCUGUCAAUCCCGAUGGUGUCAAAUUUGUCACCGAAGAUAUAUGGGUCGCUCAACAUUCUCAAGAUAAACGAACUUAUGGAAUACUCAUUAAAGAAGUUUAA